AUGAACAUUGGUGGUGGAACUAAAAAAAUUUCUUUGCGAUUGUUAUUACAACUAAAACUUAAAUUAUUACUAAAAUGCUUCGACGUUUAACUCCAUUGAUAAUCCAAUCGCGCACAAUUAAACACACCGUUGAUAUAAAAUGGGUACGACCGGAAUACAUUCCGGCUUACAAAGCCGAGAGGUCUGGUGACUUGGAAGCCCUUCCUCCUAUUCCUGAAACGGCUUUAGGGCAAGCUUACGCUUUAAGUGAAGAAAUUAAAGAUGCACCGGAAGCGGUUAAAAAAAUAUUUUCAGUUGGUCAUCUUGGAAAGAAGGAAUACAAUAUAUUGGUGAAAUCACAUUUCAUAUCUAAAGUGAGAAGACAUCAAUAUGAUGAGAGUACUGCUGAAACUAGAAUUGCGAGAUUGACUGGACAUAUAAGAUGUUUACAGGAUACAAUGGAAAAUGAUCCAAAAAAUGUUAUUGCCAAAAAAACAGUUCAGGAGCUAAUUGAUAAGAGAAAAAAACUGUUGAAGUUCCUUAGGCAAUAUGAUUACAAGAAGUUUGAAUGGUUGCUGGAAAAACUUAACAUUGAAUACAAAGCACAUCCAGAUACCUACAAUAAGUUAUCAAGAAAGGAAUCUUUAAGAAAAUUAACAGAGAUGCAUUGUGACAACAUUAAGAACAAGAAGCUUGACGACUAUAGAACAUUAUUGGAGAGUCAACAAGGACCUUUUCUAACUGAAAAAUUGGAAGCAUUAAAGUUUAUACGAAGUGAACAAAUUGAUUUGCAACUACCCAUCACUGUUACGGAACAGGAUAUAAAGAAAGUUGAGGAGCAGCUGAAGGAAUGGACGAUAAAGGAUGAAAUCAAACAACAGGCUAAGAAAAAGAAGAGAAAUAUACUGUUAGAAACCGAAUAAAUAAUGUAACAAACUUAUUUAGUCUUAGUUAAUAAAAAUUUGUUAAAAUUC